AUUUAAUCCAUCAUGUGAGCAUUACUUGAAUCCUAAUUGCAUUGCAGAUGACAAAAUGGUCAUUUGUUAUUUGUGUGGAGAACUCAAAAAUGAAAAUAUGUAAAUUUGUAUGCACAUCAAUGAAGCUUUCUAAACCUGUUGUUUUCACACGCCCAGGGAAUAACAGUGAUUUUACUGACUGGAGAACAGUUAGUUCCACAUCCAACAGGCUCAUAACAAUAGUUUUUAUUUUUAUAUCAUGGAUUUGAAGAAACAUAUGCGUAUUGCGGUAUUAUCUAUCAAUAAUACUAGGAAGGAUUAUCACAAGAGAAAUAAGUUUUGUAUCUAAGCAUGGAUCGGGGUCUUACAGUAUGCAUUGGCUUAAACAAUAGUUGUAUCUUCUAUACCAGUUCAAAUUCUUCGAGGAUGCAGUUGUUCCUUAAUCCUAGGAAGAUAGCUUCCUGAAUCGAUGAUAGUAUCAAAGGAGCCGUCGUGAUCUAGCACAAAUGAAUUACCAAGAAGGGUUUUAACUAUACUAUUUUGAAAUGUGUCAAUUAGGCAGGAGCGGGUUCAAAUCCCAUCCAGACCGCCUCCCCGUACGUAAGGGUGACUCCUUUACUACGGGUAAAAUUUAGUCACAGGAAGCCAGAAAUGGCAGGCCGAGACCUCUCGAGGUUGUAGUGCCAAGGAAGAAGAAGAAGAUUUUGAAAUGUGUAGCAUAUGACUACUUAACUAUGUUUUAAUCGUGGGUCUUGGAGGAUUUCUCUCUAGUACCUUUUGUAUAUAUUCACGUAUAUCAUCAACUUAAAGAUGUCAAAAGCUUUGCAGAAAAAAACAUUUUUAUCUAAGUAUUUUAACAUAGCUGGCACUUCCUGCUUAAUUUCUGUCGACGGAUUAUUCAUCAUUGUUUGUAAUAUAUAUUAUUAUUCAAGCUGAAUUCGCGAAGAGCUUUCGCCGUGGUGGAUAAUUACUAAAUGAAAAGUACGUACUGCUUAAACUGUAUAAGCACUAGUUGAAGGUCUGAAAGACUCAAUUUGCCGUGGUUGUGUAUACCUCUUUGAUGUGAUUGGGGUUUCCAUUACUAUGUGCUAAGAAUAAUUUUUGGUCCCAUAUGUGUGAAAAGAGCUCUACAAGAUGUAAGAUACUCUCACAAUUGUGCAGUGAAUUAGACUCGCCAGGUCCUGGCGGAAUGUUCAUAUCAUGGGAAUGACAUCGAACGAUCCAUCUCGUAACGUCUUUUUAAGUCUUCCCUUAAUUGAGAUUGAUUCAUUGAGGCGGUGAUGCGUCCGCCGGAAAUGUCGGGAUACUGGAUUAGCGGACGAUGACUGUGAAGGGUAUCGAGGACGUAGGCCAUGCUUUUUUAAAUUCUUCUUAUUAGUAAAAAUGGUGAAAAUUCUAAACACAAAAUAGGAUUCAAAGGCCACACGAUAUAUCGUAUAUAAAACACGAUGUUAUAUACCGUCUCAAAGAGGGUACAAAGCCUCGCCAAAAUCAAGGUGCAUGUAUUUAGAAGGUGAAUUUUUGUCGAUUUGACAGGGCGACAUUUUAGUCGAGUUAUGCCAGAGUUUGUUUACAAAAACAAAUGGUAUGAGGCUACAAACAUGAACACCCAACCAACCAUACUGACAGCGUCCGGAAUAACAUUGCCUGCGAGAGCGAGAUCACCAUGACCGAAACACUGUCUUUCUUUCUCACGCUGCCUAUGCUCAGAAGAACUGACGAACGAUAUGCCGGACGGUGCAAAGAUCAGUCGAAUGUUUGUGAGUCCGUGUUGGUUGUCAGCGCUUUUCUUUCAAUCAAAACAUAACCGAUCAGACCGUUAUUGUGAGUUAACGAAAUAAAGAGUUUUAAAAAAAUUGAUAAUGUCUCGUAGAACGUUUUUUAAUCGACAUCGGCGUACGGGAAACCUGUACAAGUUGAAUGCUAAAAGGCUGAACCGACUGAGCAACUUUGAUGAAUCCUCUGAUGAUGUUGAUACUAUUGACGAUGGAGCAGGAUUCAGUGCGUGGAAUGCUCCUUCAGCAAAUUUACAAUCAUCCGGCGAGGAGGCGAAUUCCGAGGAUCCUGAGGAAGCAACAGCUCGGCACGGAAAAUAUGGGGACAUGUCGCUGAAAGAAUGUCUUCGAUACUGUGCUUUGGUGAAAGGGAUCCCUCAUGAAACCAUGAAUUUAAUUCUGGACGUUCUCCGAGAAAAAACUCCUUAUAAUUUACCUAAGGACGCUCGGACACUAUUAAAAACGAGCCGAACAGCUGCAUCAAACAUCAUCAACGUUGAAGGAGGGUUGUAUUGGUACAAAGGCGUAAAACAGUGCCUUUUAAAUCGUUUCCGCAAUACGACUUUACCGGCAGAGUUGUCGCUCAACGUAUCAAUCGAUGGGUUGCCGCUGCAUAAUAGUAGCCCAGCUACAUUUUGGCCUAUACUGAUUUCCGUACAUGAAAUGCCCUUGGCUCCUCCAAUGACGGUGGCUAUCUUCCACGGGAUAACAAAGCCCCCUAGUAUCGAGGAGUUCUUGCGACCUUUUGUGACCGAGCUAAACGAAUUAGAGGAAUUUGGAUUGACUAUCAAUAAUAUGCAGCACGAAAUCAAAGUUCGGGCUGUGAUAGCAGAUGCCCCGGCAAGGGCGUUUUUGAAAGGUGUUGCUAACUUUAAUGCCAAGCAUGGAUGCUUGAAGUGCACCUGUGUCGGUGAGCAUAAUUCUAGCUCGCGUACGGUUGUCUUCACUGAUUGCGAUGCACCGUUGAGGACAGACUCCUUAUUUCGACAAUUUGCGUACGGGAUACAUCAUAAGGAACCAUCCCCUUUCCUAGAUUUACUAUACAUAGACAUGAUAGAAGAUAUAAUAAUAUCGGAUCGGUUACAUUUAUUAGAUCUAGGAAUUAUGCGGAAACUUUUAAAAGGAUGGGUUUUAGGGCGGUUAGGGCAACCCAAAUGGUCUACUGCCACGUGCAUCGCAUUUUCCAAAGCUCUGAAAGCGAUAAAAUUGCCUAACGAAAUACACCGUUCCUUCCGUAACAUUCAGGACAUAAAUUAUUGGAAGGCGUCGGAGUAUAGUUCCUUCUUGCACUAUGCUAGUGUAGGAGUUUUGAAGGACUACAUUGCUGACGACCAAUACAAGCAUUUUAUGUUAUUUUUUUGCGCAAUAACAAUUUUUUCUUCCAAUGCUUACAGAUCGUACUGGGAGUAUGGUGGGCAGCUUUUAAAAAGUUUUGUCACCCAAUUCCCUCAAAUUUAUGGGACCAGGUACAUGACUAGCAAUGUGCAUAAUCUGCUGCAUGUGGUUGAGGAGAUAAAAAAGUUUGGCCCUCUGAAUACUCUAUCUGCGUAUCCAUUUGAAAAUGAGCUUCAACAUUUAAAGCGCCUAUUGAGAAAUGGAUGGAAAAGCUUACAUCAAAUUGUAAAUCGAUUAUCUGAGCUUGAAGAUUUUCAAAGUCGAAUGAAUCAAGAUGCUGUUCCUUCGCAAGUCAAUUUGACAAAGCAUGGCAGUGAAGUAAUAAUCGAAUGUAAUGGAUUCAAGUUAAAAAAAAAGUUUCAAGACUCGUGGUUCCUCACGGUUGAAAAUCAGGUAGUACAGUAUAGCAGAGCUUUAUAUACAUCAAGUACAUCAGUGGUAAUCAUUGGAAAGCGUUUCAACGACCAUUCACAUUACUUUGAAGAACCUUGCAAUUCCACCGGGCUUAACAUCUGCCAUGUAAAUAUAAACAGUAAAAAUAUAAGUAAAAAUGUCGAGUGUCAUCCAGAGCAUAUAAAAUGCAAGUUAGUAUUAAAUAGAUUAGAUGUUGAAGGGAAUGCUGUACUAAUUCCUUUACUUCAUACUUUAAUGUAAUAGUUUAAGAUGUAAAUAUAAUUAGGUUAAACAUAUGUUUAGUUGUUAUGUAUUUUUGUUGCUUUAUUAUAUUAGGUGUAUGUUGAAAAUAAAACCGAAAUACGUAACCUGUAAUAGAUUUGAUUAAA